AUGAAAUUCCCCACGGAGAACCCCAGGAAACCCGGGAGCGCGAAUUUGGCGCCAGUCCCUAGCGCUGAUAUCCAAACUAACCGCCCUCUCCUGCGGCCCCCAGCCGCCCCUAAGAAGAUGCAGACGGGGCUGGUGCAGUGCAGCCUGGUGCAGGCCAGCGUGGCCACCAUGCAGAACCCCAUGGGCUGCAGCCUGCCGCGCAUCUCCGUGACCCCCCGGCCCGCCAGCAUGGUGGCCAGCAUGGAGGGCGGGGCCGAGGGCGGCACCAUCACCUUCACCGUGAUGAAGUGGAAGACGGCGCUGGCCGUGUUCGUGGUGGUGGUGGGCUACCUGGUGGCGGGGGGGCUGCUGUUCAGCGCCCUGGAGCAGCCCUUCGAGAGCCACCAGAAGAUCACCAUCACGGCCGAGAAGGCGGCGUUCCUGGAGCGCCAUCGCUGCGUCACGCCCACUGAGCUGGAGGCCAUCAUCAAGCACUCGGUGGAGGCGGUGAAUGCGGGGGUGAGUCCCAUCGGAGACACCUCCUAUAACUCCAGCCACUGGGACCUGGGCAGUGCGUUCUUCUUUGCCGGGACGGUCAUCACAACCAUAGGGUACGGCAACAUCGCGCCCAGCACCGAGGGGGGGAAGAUCUUCUGCAUCCUGUACGCCAUCUUCGGGAUCCCCCUGUUCGGCUUCCUGCUGGCCGGCGUAGGGGACCAGCUGGGGACCAUCUUCGUCAAGAGCAUCGCCAAGGUGGAGAAGACCUUCAGGCGUAAACACAACCAGAUCAGCCAGACUAAGAUCCGCGUGGCGUCCACGUUGCUCUUCAUCCUGGCGGGCUGCAUCCUCUUCGUCACCAUCCCGGCCGUGGUCUUCAAGCACAUCGAGGGCUGGACCGGGCUGGAGGCCAUCUACUUCGUGGUCAUCACCCUCACCACCGUGGGCAUCGGGGACUACGUGGCCGGGGGCGACCGGCGCAUAGAGUACCGGGAGUGGUACCGCCCGCUGGUCUGGUUCUGGAUCCUGGUGGGCCUGGCCUACUUCGCCGCCGUCCUCAGCAUGAUCGGAGACUGGCUGAGGGUCCUGUCCAAGAAGACCAAGGAAGAGGUGGUGGAGAUCAAGGCGCACGCGGCCGAGUGGAAGGCCAACGUGCGCGCCGAGUUCCGCGAGACGCGGCGCCGUAUGAGCGUGGAGGUCCACGACAAGCUGCAGCGCGCCGCCACCAUCCGCAGCAUGGAGCGCCGCCAGCUGGGCCUGGACCAGCGCGCCGUCUCCCUGGACGUGCUGUCCCCCGAGCGCCGGGCCGCCUUCAACGGCCCGGACGCCGGCUGCAAGACGCCCUCCCAGGAGAGCAUCGACACCAAGAUCAACAACCUGCGCCUCCGCGGGGUGGAGCAGGCCGAGGGCGCCUCCGUGGUCACGGCGUCCGAGGACAACAUCUUCAACCGGCUGGGCUCCAUCUCGCGGCUCGCCCGUCGCGGCCGCAACCGCGAGCUGAAGAAGAACAUCUGCGAGGAGGCGCGGCGGCCGCGCAGCGCCGUGUACCCCGGCGGCCCGGCGACGGGGCUGGAGCCGGGCAGGAGGAAGGACGUCUACGACGAGGACGACGACGACAAGGAGUGCAACGCCAGCCUCUCCGACUUCCCGCUGUUCGUGGAGGCGUGCAAGCCGCUCAACGGGUUCCUGCUGACGCCGAGGUCACGGGUCCACUCCACCGACACGGAGAACGAGGAGAACCUUGAGAUGGUGGACGUGGUUCCCUAG